AUGACUUCGGAAACUGUCGCGCGACCCGCCCAACACAGUCUCCUUUUAUGGUGUGAACAUUACCCGUGUUCUUCUUUAACGUUCUUUCACCUCGACUCUCGCCAUCGCCACGUCGCAUCGCAUUCUGAGACACUGAAUUUUUUCUACCUGAUACACUUGCUGGCCUUGCUAGUCUGGAAUUUUCAACAAUUCUCUCUGCAUCCCAGACGCGAAUCUUUUCACACCGAUGGAGCGAGGAGUGACAUGUUUAUCCUGCUUCGGAAAGGGUUACUUGCCGCCUAUAUAGAAACCAGUGCUGCGGAGAUCCGCAUGCACAUCAACGACAACGAGCACCGCAUCCGUCUUCUGAAAUCAGAGUGCAUCACGCUUAGGAAAAAAAAUGAAGAACUUGGUCGAAAUCUCGCUUGUUUAUUAUCUCCUCCCGAUGCGACGCCCAACAACCGUUUUCCACCUGAAGUGCUAAGCGAAAUAUUCGGGAUGGCGUUAGACGGCGAAUCUUUCAAUGCGUCAGAUACAGAGAAGGGUCCUUGGGCGCUCAGCCAUGUAUGCCAUUCAUGGAGAUCUGCGGCAUGUGGUGAUUCUACGCUCUGGACGUCUUUCCUCAUCGGCGACAGCUCAGUCUGUGUUCCCUACUACUCGACAACCCCCUCGUCUAUGCCUAAACCUCGGAAAGAUCCUGUUUCUCUAUUAUCGACUGUGCUAUCUCGUUCGAAUCAACGCGAUAUCAGCGUUGCGUUCAAUAUCUCUAACAGCAAGGUCGAUAUCCAGACGAAGGCGACGAUAAAAACGCUCCUACGGAACAUCAUCGAGCACUCGACGCGGUGGAAGGAUAUCAGCUUCUGCAUGCCCUCUGAAUUAGUCCUCAUGCUGAAUGACGUGGAAGGCAACGUCCCUCAUCUGACGAAGCUACACGUCGCCUCAUCUCGUUCCUCCACCGUUCCUUUACCUUCAAUAACCGCUUUCAAGGCAGCGCCGGUCUUGAAGGAAGUUUCUUUCGAAGGAAUUGGUGUCCACAAGUUCGCAGGUCUGCAAUGGUCUCAGGUGACGUCCCUGACGGACAUUCAGGAGGGCACGGGUAGCUGCAGAACAUACACGGAUAUCUUAUUUUCGGCUCCUCAUCUUCGAACGUUGAUCUUCAAAUAUCGUUCCGAAGGUCCUCUCCUGCAGAGCCAGGAUCCCAUUUUCCACCCCGGCUUGCAGUCCCUCACCGUCUGUUCCAGCAUUUUCAUGGAGGAAGUGCAGCUUCCGCACUUGACGAGCUUGACGGUGAGGCCUCGAAUAGAAAAUUACAUCAUCAAUUAUUCCAUCAGCACGUUGAUCGCUUCGUCUGGAUGCUCGCUCCUAUUUCUGCAUGUGGACUUUCCUGUUAUAGACAUCGACUUUUUCGACAUCCUUCGUUCUACACCGGAGCUCACUCAUCUGAAACUUCAUUAUCCCCAGUGGCACUUCUCGAAUGACGAAGCUCUUAACGAUUUCGUGCUUGGUAUGGACGAAACACUUUUUGACACUCUGGAGUACGAACUUUUGCCUGUGCUGGAGUCGCUAGAGAUCACGAUACAGGCAGACGAGGAUCGGCUAUCCCUGUCUACGUUUACCUUCCUCAAUUCGUAUUUUCUUGACAUGGUUUUUGCGAGGUUGACGGUCGGCGCACUGCGGUCUAUGAAGUUUGAGGCUGAUACUGAAAGGUUGUUGGGGGAUCUUGCCUUCAACGAUAUUAUUCGGCUUAGAAAGAUGAAGGACGAGGGGGUCAAUAUAAGUAUUUGUACAACGUCGAGAGAGAGAUGUUAUGUCACUGGUCAUUGGGAUCCACGGUUUUUUCAGGAAGACCACCGUCGCGUUUACGUAUGA